AUGACUAACUUGUGCUUUAUGUCUAUUUUCCUCCUUUGUAAUGUUCAUUUAGACAAAAUGUUUACCAAUGCUCACAAACCCCACCCCUAUGCCUGCUCUUCCUGCAUGGAGGAUGACCGGUCCUGUACCUGGAUUGUGUACAACUCAGCUCCACCUCGUGGUCCUGCCCCCGUUGAGAGUUGUGAUCAGUGCGCCAGACGUGGCAUGUAUUGUGACUGGCCACCUGCCACUGACUCCAAAGGCGACAUUGUAGUUCCUCCGACUGUCUCUCCUUAUGUCCCCGGUGCCGACAACAAGACGGAAGCUGCUUGUCGUGCUCGAGUCCUAGCUUGGACCUCCAAACCGGACAAACCUACUAACCCUAAGUUCUUUGCGAGAUGGAAAGCUGACAUCUGCUUGUGGAACAACCGCGGAAACGCCCCUCUUUUGCCCAAUGUCUCCACCAAGUUGCCCGACACCAAACGUCACCACCGUCCUCCUCCUAAGGCGCCAAAACCUCAACCUCAGGCUCCUCAACAGCCUCCUCCUAAGCAACCGUCUUCGCCACCUGCUCUUGAUCCGUUUGUUGCACCGUUUGUCCCUGCUCGUCCUAAGACCCCUCCAAUUAAGAUUGAUGUUACUCCACCUCCUACUCAAAAACCUCCUAACUUUUCUUCCAACGCUACUCAUCCCGAACCUGUCAAUGUUAUUGAUUUAGACCCCCACCCUGUUAUUGACUUAGACCCAGAACCCGUUCCUACUCCUUCUUUAGAUGAUGUGAUUGAAGAAUGUAUUAAGAAGUAUGGUGAUAAAGCUGUUCUUUUCUGGUUUGCUAAAAAAGUAGAUUUAUCUGAAGAAAUUAGACGUGUAGGUAAAUAUGUUCCCUCUACUUCUUCCGCAGCUACCAUUUCUAGUCUUACUCAAUCUAUGGUAGAAAGCUUGUAUGAACAUUGGUCCGUCUUUGAUCCCAACUCUGAAAAAGAGGUCCAUGCUAGAGUCCGUCUUAUUCGAAGAUUGAAAUCUCUUGUUGCUCAUUUUAUCAUGUAUCCUCCUUCUUCUGAGUCUACUGAUCCUAGUACUUCUUCUUCUGACAAGGGUAAAAAGCGUGCUUUCAAUCAAGAUUAA